UCUAGUUAGGUAUUUGUGGAGGCCGGGCCUCAUGAAAAAUUAGAAAAAUAAACCAGUCGAAGAAUCGCGGAGAAUCGAACCCAGGAUUUUAUCACCGUAAAUCCAUAUUAAUACAUGCAGUUAUACUUUAAAAUAUGCCCUAAUCGCUGACACUGCAAAGCGAACGCAGAACUACUGUGUUAAUUUACGUGCUUUUGCAUCUUUAGAAUGUAGACUGCAGUUCUAUAGGUUGCGCUAUCAGCUUUAUUUUAUUUUAUAUGUGCUUAUAGUCAUUGUCUUUCUGUGUUUACGAUACAGUUGUUUUCUAAAUUUCUGUGAUAUUUUAGGUUCUCUCAUAAUGUUUAUUAUGGUUCAAGAGUUAAAAAACCUUUGUUCUUUUCUGUGUAAAAAGCCAGGUAACUGUUUGUUUUAUAAAAGGAAUAAAUUAAUCAGUAUUCUCGUCCAUGGAAAUAAUCCAAGCAAAGAGUUACGUGGUGUUUUUAGUAAUGGAUUUCGAAAUGUUUGUAAAACUAAAACAAACUUUGAUUCAGAUGCACAAUGUGGUAGGGGUAAACUACAGCAAAUAUUAAAAUUAACAAGGACGAAAUCAAUGAGUCUUGGCCUUGGGUUUUGUGUCGGAAUGAGUCUUAGCAUGGGAAUUUACAGUUUUCUGAAAGAGGGAAACGACAAAAUUAAGAUGCCUUUGUCGUUGGAGAAAAUUGUAAACCAUGAAUGUUAUUCACUACCUUGUGUGAAUGCUGCACAGAACUUUGACCUCAGUGUUGGAAAUAAGAAAGUCGUCUCAGCACCACCAACAUCUCCAACACAAGGUUUUAAUUUUAUUGCAGAUGUUGUGGAGAAAAUAGCACCUGCAGUCGUCUAUAUUGAAAUUAAAGGAUGGCAUCCAUACCAGAAGCAGCUUAUGACUAUAUCAAAUGGGUCAGGGUUCAUUGUAGACUCUAAAGGUCUUAUUUUGACUAAUGCUCAUGUUGUGGCUAAUCGUUCACAUGUCACUGUCAAGCUAUUUGAUGGAAGGGUGUUUGAAGGUCAAGUGGAAAAUAUUGACCCUCAUGGAGAUCUGGCUACAGUCAGGAUAGAUGCAAUUGAUCUACCAACCUUAGAACUAGGACAGUCUCUUAAGCUACGUCCAGGUGAGUGGGUGGUAGCUGUGGGAAGUCCAUUUUCUCUGAGUAACACCAUUACAGCAGGAGUAAUUAGUUCAGUUCAUCGAGCCAGCAAAGAACUUGGCUUACACCAUAAGGAAAUGGAUUAUAUCCAAACUGAUGCUGCUAUUAACUUUGGCAACUCAGGAGGUCCUUUGGUAAAUCUGGAUGGUGUGGUUGUUGGAAUCUGUAAUAUGAAGGUUACAGCAGGAAUAUCAUUUGCCAUUCCAUCUGACUAUGCUGCAGAAUUUCUUAAACAUACCCAAGAAGAAAAAAAAGGCCAGUUUAAUUACCAUUCUAGCAAGAGGAAUGAACAAGAGCACAAGUAUUACAUUGGGAUUACCAUGUUAACUCUAACACCAAGCAUUAUUCUUGAGCUUCUGCAACGAAAUCCAGAAUUUCCACAGGUCCAGAGUGGAGUAUUAGUAUGGAAAGUGGUUGUGGGGUCACCUGCUCAUUUGGCUGGUGUUCAACCUGGUGAUAUCAUCACACACAUUAAUGGUAAAGCAGUUAAAUCUUCCUCUGAUAUCUAUAAAGCUCUUGAGUUAAAUCAACCUCUCAGAUUAACCAUCCAGAGAAAGUAUAAUACUUUAUCAGUAGCAGUGCAGCCCCAUGAACAAUAGUGAUUGGUAAAACUAAAUUCUGAUAGAUUUCUACAUCUUGCUUUUUACUUCUGAAUAUCACAAAAACGUUUGAUGUGACAUUUAAACACAAGCAAACUAAGUAAUUGUAUUAAAACUCUGAAAUAAAAUGUAUAAAUAAGCUAUGUGAUUUA